CUGAGUCUUUCGCCGCUGUGGUAAGAGCUCUCACUUAUGGAGAAAAUUAUGGAGGUGUUCUGAAUGAAUUCAAGAGCUCAAUGUGCAGGCACGACCCGCUCUUCGAGGGGAACGACCAACGCGAUGCACACGACUUCCUGUCCGCUUUCCUCUUUGCUGCGAGGAAGGAAUUCAAAAAUCCAGAAGAUUCCCCCUUCAGUGACCUCUUUUUCGGAAAGGAGCAGGCGGUGAUUAAGUGUAAUGGAUGCAAAAACGAGGUUUUACGAAAAGAUGAAAUAUUUUCUUCCCUGACACUCACCGUCCACCCAAAUCAGCCCGGAAACCGAUUACAGACAUUGAUUGCCAACGCUUACGGGGAGCAAAGGAUUGAGUGGGAUUGCAACAGAUGCAAGAGCAAAUCAUGCACAAGGAAGGUUUUUGUCGAAGCUUUCCCAAAGAUCCUCAUCAUACACUUCAACAGGUAUGUAGAUCACUUUUCUAUUGUGAGAGUGAGUUUCGUGGUUCAUGCAAAUUUAAGGAACUUUUCAAAGAUUCUUAGGCAUUGA